CUACAACAUGUGUCCGAAGUUCUAGAUGCAAUAUUUUCAUUUAUUAAUUUAAUAAAGAGGGAAGGUCCGCAGAAAAGAAUUUACGACGAGAUUUAUAAAAUUACAGAAAAUAAUUUUAGAUUGUUAGGUAAUAAUGACUAUGUAGACUGUUUGUGUAAGAAUAUGCAUUUAUAUCCAUCGCGCGAUUAUAUAACUGGAAGGUACAAUUUCUUCGAGUAUGACCCAGAAGCUAUACAAAAAUGUUUGGAUUAUUUGGUGCCAGAGACUGUGAAUAUUAUGAUUUUCAACAAAAAUUUUCAUCGUUUUGGAUUAAAUAAAAUCGAUCUGUGGACCAAUACCCUGUACAAAGAUGGGGAGAUAUCACAAAAGUGGAUCGAACGCUGGAAAUCCAUCGAACCAUUGCCAAAUUUUCAUUUACCAUUAUCAAAUACAUUAGUUACUAGCGACGUCUCUUUAUUAUCGAUACCUGUGAUGGCUCCAAAAUAUCCCAUAAAAAUAGCUGAUACUCAUUUAACGCAGAUUUGGCAUUAUCAGAAGUUUAGUUGGCCAAAAUGUUAUAUAAACUUCCAAUUUAUUGCUUACCCUCCGGAAUUUCAGUCGCCAAAGACUGAGGCUUUCAUAGAAAUGUACUGCAAUAUAUUAAAACAAAUAUUGAGGAAAGAAUUAUUUCCAAGUGUAAAGGCUGAGAUUGAAUAUGAUAUUACUGUCAGUGAGACAAGUAUUAUAAUAGAAAUGAACGGAUUUAAGGAAAAACUAUUAAAAUUUUUGCCAAUUAUUGCAAGUUAUAUGAUGUACUAUUCAACUAUUGUUUCGAAGCACUUGUUUGAACUUGUCAAAGCGCAACAACUUGAAAGAUAUUAUAACAAAUUUAUGAAACCUGAAAAACUCAUAAAGAGCGUGAAAUUAUGGAUAUUGAAGGAAAGUAUCCAUUAUACACAUAUUGACACAUACAUUGCUCUACGUGAUAUUAAUUUUGAAGAAUUCCAAAAAUUUGUGAGAUCUUUCUCCAAUCAUCUAUACAUUCAGUGUCUUGUGCAAGGCGAUAUGACGAAGAACCUUGCGAUUGAGGUUUUACAAAAUUAUAUGGAAAAGAUAAAAUGUUCUCCAUUAAUCUUUAAUACGAUAUCCAAGGCAAAAAUCAUUCAGAUACCCUUAGGCACAUCCUAUUGCAAAUUAAAAAAUAUGAACAAAACUGAUAUGAAUUCCGUAAUAACAAAUUAUUAUCAAGCCGGUAUCGCAUCGAUUGAAUUGUCUAUGUUAAUUGAUUUGAUAAUCAUUAUAAUGCAAAAACUAUUAACGAAUCAACUGUGUAUCCGAGAACAGCUUAGUAAUAAGGUCUUCUGCGACCGUCAAGAUCACAAUGACAUUUUAGGACUUUCCAUUACCGUUCACAUUGAGGCACAUACAUAUACAACAGAAUAUGUGGAUCAGCGGAUCGAGGAAUUUUUGAAGUCAUUUAGUAAGAUGUUAGAAGUGUUCUCACAAGAGGAAUUAAAUAUUAUCAAGGAAACGCUAAUAAUAAGAAAAUUGAAGCAAUGUACCAAUGGGUUUCUGAAAAAUGAAGUAGAUAGAAACUGGAAUGAGAUUAUGAAACGGCAAUACAUGUUUGACAGAUUCGAGAAGGAAGCGCAUGCAAUAAAGAAUAUAAAAAUCAAGGAGCUACGAGAAUGGUUUAGAUGUACAUUGAACGGAGAUGAUUUUAGAAAAUUAAGUUUACAUGUGGUAGGAACUGAUCCAAAGGAAAUAGAAGCGAAUGAUACUGCAGUGGAUUACAAUAAAGAACAUUUUGUUUUGCAAUAUAUAACCGAUAGUCAACAGCAUAAUGAAACUAAAGAUUAUCAUAUUACGAACAUAGAACAUUACAAGGCAGAACUCUUCAUUUACUCAUGCGUCGACCAAAUAAGAAAUUUGGAUUAAUGGACUCCCCCA